AUGGAGGAGGCAUCCGGUGGCCAGUCGCAGGCCCAUCCCGGCGCCGGCGCUGCCUCCUCCACGGGGGCAUCAUCUGCUUCCGCUGCCGCCUCGUCAGUCGCCCCCGUACCUGCUUCGACUCCAGCAGCGCCUUCCGCUGCGACUCCAGCCUCUACUUCCGGUCCCGGCCAGCUUUCCAAAAGGAGGAGAGGACUGGGUGUUGUUACACCCAAUGCCUGUACCGAGUGUCGGAAAAAGCGUGCCAAGUGCGACGGCCAAAAGCCAUGCGGCCGCUGUAAGGCUCAGAAAGACGUAGAGUGUGUGUACGAGAUCCCGGUUCGCCAAUCCAAGGAGCAUCUCCGGACCGAGAUUGAGCAAUUGCGCCAACGUCAGCGCUCCAGUGACCAGGUCAUCGCAGCGCUGGUGCGGUCCGACAUGUGGGAAGAUGUGCUCCAGCGCCUGCGCAACGGUCAAAGCCUCGAGUCAGUAUCGGAAUGGCUUGGCGGCACCCUCCCAUCUGGCGGCGGUCCUCGGCCGUCCUUCAGUCGUCCGGCUGAGCCAUCCAGUGAAGCGAGCGGCAGCUUGAAUACACGCUCUGGAUACCCAGGAUCAGGCCCUGCCCCAAUCAGGACAAGAAACCUUGGGGGAGCUGGAUCGGUGACCAUGAGUCCCAAUACAGGACAGUCGGGAUUGCGUCAGGAUCUGGACCCCAACAGUCCUUGGCACCUUUCGUCGCAUAGUCAAAGCACUAGGAGUAACUCUCAUCCUGACUUGAUGAACUGGAGCGCAGACACAAAUAGGCUCCCUCAAGGGCCCAUUGAUUCAUGGCCGGAAAGUGCUAGUAACACUGAGGCGUCUGAAGGUGGGAGGUAUCAAGGGCUUGAUCAGGUUCUCGCACCACUUGAGUUGCCUGACAUGAAGCUGCCCCCUGAGAACUGGACGAAUAUCACUGAGGACGGCUCUCUGGUUCAACACCUACUUGCCCUGUACUUUUGCUGGGAAUAUCCAACAUUCGCAUCGUUGAGCAAAGAGCACUUCCUUAGAGAUUUCCAAAACGGCAUAUCCCGAUACUGUUCGCCCAUCUUGGUCAAUGCCCUCUUGGCCUUGGGAUGCCGCUUCUCCAGCAAGUCCAGUACGCGAGCUAACCCUAGCGACCCUUACACUUCGGGGGAUCACUUUUUCAAAGAGGCACAGCGACUCUUCUACCUCGAGGACGACCACCAUAAUUUAACGACCAUCCAGGCUUUGGGGAUAAUGUCCAUACGCGAGGCUAGCUGUGGACGAGACUCGGAAAGUUGGUACUACGCCGGUCAAAGCAUCCGUUUGGCCAUUGAGAUGGGGCUCCAUCAGCUGCAGGACGACGGAGACCACGAUGAGUUUGCAGUUCAGGCUGCCACUUUCUGGGGCGCUUUCGCUCUAGACCACGCUUGGUCUCUGGCGACUGGCUCGCUUCCCCAAUGUUCAUGUUUCCCUCACCUGCCGCCGAAGCCCGCCAUAAUCGAUGAUAUUGAAGCGUCAUUGUGGAUUCCUUAUACCGAUGAUGGGGCGCCACUGCAACGCUCAGCUGAGCAACCUUCCAAUGUUCGGUCCGUUUACAAGUGUUUCUGCGAACUGAGUGAGCUUGUACAUCAGAGCCUCUACAUCCUCCACUCUCCAGGCAGGCCGUUGACCAGCCGUGACCUCCUCGGCAUCUACACCCAAUACCUGAAUUGGUAUGAUAGGAUACCUGAAGUCCUCAGAUUGGGUCAUAAUUUCACCCCCGCUGUGCUCUUUGCGCACAUGUAUUACCAUUUUGCGAUCCUUCUCCUCUUCCGGCCUCUGAUCAAGCUUCGGAUAAUUGGCUCCAAGCUCCUACCAAGAGACGUGUGCUGUCAGGCCGCAGAUGCGAUUCAGGGCCUGCUACGCUCCUACUCGCAACUGUACACCUUGCGCCGGACACCCUCAUUUGUGCCCUACUUCGUUCUGACAUCUGCUAUUAUGCAUUUGGCCAUCGGAGCAAUAGCACCAGCCCCGCAGAGAGACUACGAUGAAUCAGGCGAGGCAGCGCCCGAGUCGUCUGCUGGAACGUCGCAUCCUCCCCGUGGCGUAGAAGCAAUCAAACAAGGCAUCCGAGAUUUGGAGGAGAUGGCGCCGUGCCAUCAUUUCGCGGAACAAGCGCUCAAUAUCCUGCGGUACCUCGCCAAGAAAUGGGGUUUAGAGGUCGACAUGGGCUCAACACCCACUUCGGAUGCCGAGUAUGCACAGCUUGCCAGGCCGUACACUAGCAGUCUGAAUUUCUUCGCGCCCAAUGUCCUCGAAGACGACUUCAUUUGCGUGUGGGGAGGCGGCCUUGGCAGCGGCGAGGCGAUGGAAUCGAAGGCAGCAGCGGGAACGGGAAGUCAGGAGAACGCGUCAGUAUCGCGAGCGGCGCAAAUCAUGGAGAAUCCUCUAUUUUGGCCAUUCCCCAUGCAAGGCCGCCCAAUGCUUCCAACCGGACGAGUGUGCUCCGGAGGAAACGCCGGCAAGCCGAGCAACCAAUUGGAAGAGGAAAAGCCAUCACCUAUACGUGCUGUGCUUUCGCUGCCGCCGCAAUGGCUGCAAAUGUAUGAUGAAUUCAUCACCAAGAACGCCAGCCAGGUUUCGCAAAUAGAGUCGGCCCUUCGGUCUCUGACCUACAUCAUCCCUGGUCGGUUCCGGGACGCCGAAAUCGCAUCCGAAACUCUGCAUUCGAGUGUGCAACUCCUUUCACUCUAUCAUGAUACCCUACUCAUGCGCGCCUUGUCGCGCAUCCCUAUGGCACGACUACCAUCACCCCACAGUCGGUAUACCAAGCACUGGACUCAGCGCAGCCCCAUGUACCGCCGAAUUGCCAUGCUCUUGCAGAUGGUGACCUAUACUCAACUACUGUGCGAGAUGGCCGCCAAAAGACGAGGAGGCGAACGCAGCAGAUGGCGCGUUAUCGUCCUCCUCGAAGCUAUCAAAGCCAUCUGUCGUCUUUUGCUGCUUCGAGUCACUCGCGCCCGUCCUAUCGUCACGCCAGUCUUACCGGAGCGGGAACCCAUUCCAGAAGAGCCAGAGUCGGAGGAGGAUACCGGCCUGAAGGAGCUGAUGGGCGAGUCGGCCAAUGGUCAUGCCUCCGAAGCUGGGGAUGACGCCCCCAAGCCCCACGAGAAAGAUUGGUCAAUGCCCAGAACUGGCAUGAGUUUGCCCUCUUUACCGAAUGCCGGGGACAUCAGUGGCUACCUGUUGAGCAAGGUUCUGACCGCUGACGAUGUCAAGCCAGCGGCAAAGCUGCUGAAUCAACUUCAGGGUAGCGCGCAGGCAGCCGAAGUGCUUCACAUACUUGCACCAUUGGUGUACGCUGUCGCACUCUCAAGGAGCAAGAACAAGAAAUCCUGGACACCGUGGCUUUUUGGAUUGACCGUCGAAUACGCGGCUCGCCAGCUGAGGGACCGUAGUUUCAGGACUACGCCUCUAGAACGCGACGAAUGGAGCAAGAGAGGCUGGGCCAUGGGAUGGUGGACAAUGCGUGGGGCAUUCUAUGAGAACAUUAUGAAGGGCGUCGUCGGAGGCGUCAGAUCAAGGGUACCUGGGAUCAUCGGUGGCAUCCUGGAGGACUACGAGUAUCUGUGGGAAAAUUACUACUUCAGCACCAGUGCUUGA